AGUGAGGUUAGGUUAUCCAUUUUGUGUAAAAAAUAUUAUCGGCAUAUUUGAAGAUUACGAAUGUUGUACUGUCUAUAACUUUAUGUAAUUACAUCUAUUCAUUUCGAUUCAAGUUUUAAAAUCAUUCGUUAUUAUGUCUAAGGUUAAAAAGGAAUGUAUAAGUGAUGCAUUUGCGAAACAAUAUCUCUUCAACCAUAAUAAUACCACAGAUAUCGAUGAUCGAAUCAGUAUAUCAAGUGGAAAUAGUGUGCUGGAUGAAGAUUAUUAUAUAAAUCAACUAUCCCCGAUUCCACAAUAUGUUCUCUUAAAUAAUUGUAUUCGUAUCGAUAAUUCAAAACCAACUCCAAAUGUAAUAGAAGGAAAGUCUAAUGUUAAUGUAAACGUUUUAAAUGUUCAAAAUGAACCAUCCGAUUUAAAAAGUAUUCCCAAAAGAUCACUUAAUACAAAAGGAAACAAAUUAAAUGAUUUUGAAGUGAUUGGGGGGCAAAGAUCGAGAAGAAAUCGUUCUAAAAGUAUUCAAUCAAGUGAAGGCGUUUCGAAUGAAUAUGUCCGAAGAAGUGAAUCUAAUAAAAUUGAGAAACAAUCAAAUUUAUUUAAUAAGGAUGAAAAACAAAGAGAUAAUUUUGUACAAAUUGGUGCCAAAGAAAACAGUUUUAAUAACCAUCAAAGAAAUUUUCAACCACCCAAAGUCGUUUCUGAUGAAUUUGUCCAAAGAAGGGGAUCUAAUAAAAUUGAAAAACAAAGAUCAAAAUCACUUGUUAUGAAUGAACAUCAAAGAGAUAAUUUUGGAUCAAUUAUUACCAUAAACUCAAGAGAAAAUCAUCUUAAUAACCAUGAAAGAAAUUUUCAACCACCAACAGUCGUUUCUGAUGAAUUUGUCCAAAGAAGGGAAUCUAAUAAAAUUGAAAAACAACAAAGAUCAAAAUCACUUAAUCAGAAUGAAGAUAAAAGAGAUAAUUUGAAACAAAUUGUUAUCAAAAAUUCAAGAGAAAACCAUAUUAAUAACCAUCAAGAAAAUGUUCAACAACCCAAAUUUGAUUCGAAUCAAGAUCUCCAAAGACAAGCGUAUAAUACAUUUGAAGAAAAUCGUUUAAGAAGUCAACAAAGAUCUUUUCAAACGCCUAGAAGUGAAGAUGUUAUAAAUACAUUCCGUUCCAAUUAUUCAACUGAAAUUAAUUACAAUCGCUUUAGUAAUAGCGGAUCCCAUGAUAUAAACAAUGAUGAUGAAAAUAAUGGUUCAUGUUGUUGUAUCAUUUUAUAAUUAUUUUAAAUUACAUUUAUAUUCUUUA